GUAGGUACUUUUAUAUAUGUACACAUAUUAGUUAUACCUACUUAUAUAAUGAACGAUUUAUGUUUCGUAGAUAUUAAAAUGCUAGUGUUAAGUAUAUUAAAUUCCAACAGAUUGUAUUUCAUGUGAAAUUUUUACAUGUAAUUUUUCUUUGCCUUUCAUAUUUUAAAUUAAAAAAAAAUAACUACUAUUGUACGAGGCGAUACAAUUUUUAAAMUUUUAAAGGUCACAGUUCUUAAUGAUCUGCGAACAAUGACUUCGCGUCUUCUGAUCUUAUUGAUCGCCUUAUCGUUUGUCCACCCGUGGACGUCGGUCGGAGCCGCGAACUUCCUGGCUGUGCACACAAUCCACAGCAAGAGCCACUGGAAUGUGAUGCAAGGCGUAAUGAAGGCGUUAACUGAUCGCGGCCACACCGUAAUCGCGUUCACGCCGUUCGUGGACGGUGACAGAGACGGUUACACAGAGGUGGACGUUUCCGGUAACCUGGAGGUUAGGGUAGGAUUGAACGCGACGUUGGUUACGAGUUGUCAGUCCACGCGGACGAUAAUGGAUCACAUCGCGAACUCGUCGCGCACAAACUGUGGAAUCGUAUUCGACCACCCGCGGAUGCGAGAAAUCUUGAACGGCCACCGGUCGCGGUUAUUCGACGCGGUAAUCGUCGAAGCUCUCGAGAUGGAUUGCGUGUCGUACGCGGCCACCGUUCUCCGCGUACCCGCCAUAUACGUUAUGCCACCACCCAUUGUCACGUACUCGGAGCGUUCGUUCUUCGGCCACAUCCCCAAUCUCGCGGCUGUCUCCAACUUGUUGUCCCGACGCGCUGUACCCAAGACGUUCGUUGACCGUUUUUCCAACAUCAUACAAACGGUUUACGGGUCAUGGCUGUUGUGGAGCUACGAACGGAGACUCAGAAAAUCCGAGCCCCGACCGUUCGAUGCCGUGGAUUUGGUCAGACCGUCAUUGACAUUUACCAACACGCACUUCAUCACCGAACCUUCUAGGCCACUGACACCGGACAUCGUGCAAAUCGGCGGUAUACAUCUGACCCCGCCAGGAUCGAUACCAAAGGAUAUUUUGGAAUUCAUUGACGAUGCGCCUCAYGGUGUUAUUUACUUCACGUUUGGUUCUGUGAUUUCGAUGGCGUCGUUACCGAAAAAUGUUCAGAGCACGUUACUAGAGACGCUCGCUCGGGUUCCGCAAAAGGUGUUGUGGAAGUAUGAAGGCGAAAUGGCUGGCAAACCUAAGAAUGUGAUGACGCGGAAAUGGUUUCCACAACGCGAUAUACUUGUGCAUCCCAAUAUGAAACUGUUCAUAAGUCACGGAGGCAUAUCCGGAUUAUACGAAGCUGUGGACGCGGGUGUACCUGUACUUGGAUUUCCGUUUUUCUACGAUCAACCGAGAAAUAUUGACAAUCUGGUCGACGCCGGGAUGGCUAUAUCUAUGGAUCUGUUAUCUAUUACCGGAGAUACGCUAAUGAAUGCCAUUUUGAAAAUUGUCAACGAUGAAAAGUACGAGAAAAACGCUAAAAUUGCUUCCAAACGGUUCAAAGACCGACCCAUGUCACCCGCGGACUCUGUAGUUUACUGGACUGAGUACGUAUUACGCCAUAACGGAGCUUCACAUUUAAAGUCUCACGCACUAAAUCUUUCGUGGUAUCAAUAUUUUUUGGUUGAUGUAAUUUUCACAUUAUUAUUUACUGCGAUUGUCAUAUUGUUCACAAUUUAUUAUUGUUUAAAAAUGAUUAUUAAACACAUCAAUAAAUAUUUCUAUAAUCUCAAAGCAAAACGUGAAUAAACUAAAUAAAACAACACGAAUCAGUCACGUCUCCUAUAUAGGGUCUAUAAUAUAGGUAAUAAGUAUUUUCUCAAGUCUCAAUAAAAUUGUGGAAAAAAAUUGUUUUUGUUUUUGUAUAUUAAGCGAUUCAUGUCUUUAUCGAAUACCUAUACGACUAUACCGCCUACUGAAUAAUAAUAAUAUAUAUUUUUAAUAUGAAAAUUAUUUUACCGUUAUAACAAUACU